AUGGCCUUUCACGACGAGGGGCUGUUCACAAGAUGGAUUUGGGUCAUCCUCAUGAUGGCCUCAACAACCUCGGCCAUCGCGCUCUCCACGUUCGAACAGAUAUCCGCCUCCACCAUCUCACUCGGCUGCAUCCUCGCCUACAACUCCGAUAUUCCCGGCUGCACGGUAAACGACUUUGGGAGAGGGGGUGCCUGCUCAGCGACGUGUGUGCGGGGGAUUGAAAGGGUGGAGAGAUCUCUCGAAGGGGUCUGCGACGAGGCCACUGUGUCGGAGCUCUCUAUUUUGGGGCAGGCGCUGGCGGGCAAUUUGGUGGCGGUGCUCUGCCCAGGUAACUCAUCUCCAACAGCAGACCCAAGCACGAGCCCAACAGAAGAACCUACCUCCACCAAAAGUACUGUCACCACAUCGCCGCUCUUCCCAGGUGUCCCGCCACCGCUCACAUUUACUACACUCGAGGAGAGCUUCGUCUACGACGACCGUCAAGACACCACGUCCAACCUUUAUUCAGUCAUCGUCGUCUUCGACGAGCUCAUCAACAUCCACCUCGACCGGUCCAUCGGAUCCCCCCGAGGAGACUAA